GCUGGGUGAGUGCAAGAAUGUUGUACAUACAAAAUUCCCAUUUUGAGAAAACGAGCAUUAAAAAAUAAUAUCGCUGGGUCAGUGCAAAAAUGUAGUAUCUACAAAAUGUUGAUAAAUAAGGUCUUAAUUUUCACAAUGUAAUGGACCCUAUAUGUUCCAGAGCAAAAAUGUUGUAUGUUCAUAUAACAGGUCUGGUCGCUUAAUUUGAAGUCAGCUAAACUGUUGUAAAUGUGUUGUAGUUGACUCGGAGCGAAAGUGUUGUAAGUGUUAUAUCAGUGUAUGCUGCUUCAGAUUUUGGAGGAAACUAUCAAAAGAAGAAUACAAAAAGUCAUGGCUUCCGCGAUUAUUUUAUUAUUUUUUAAUGCUCGUUUUCUCAAAAUGGGAAUUUUGUAUAUACAACAUUCUUGCACUCACCCAGCGAUAUGUGAAGCUUGUUUUGGAAGUUUAACCUGUUGGACUCAACAAUGGGAAGAGUGAAGCUGAGGUGCGUUUUUCGCAGUGUCGUACUGGUUGCCUUCAUACUUACACUUCUUUGUCUUCAAACGUUUCUACCUUUUUCACCUACCUUAACAGUUCGACAAAUGAUUAAACAUAUGAACGUGUUCGUCAUAUUAAGCAAUUCCGAACAAACGACAAGGAGAAACAAUUUGGAACAAACGACAAGGGGAAGCAAUUUGGAACAAACGACAAGGGGAAACUAUUUGGAACAAACGACAAGAGCCAAUACCCAUCAACACGAAGACACAACUGCCAGAAGUUCCGUGGCUCUAAACAACAAGGACAAAAUAAUACUGUGGUACGUUAAAACCAGAUACCAGCCUCUAAUGCCACAUAUGGUGGCGUUACAACACUGCCCGGAAAUGAAAUGCAGGAUGACCUCUAACCGGAAGUAUUUAAAUCAAAGCUCCGCAGUCGUGUUUGCGGCGCAGCUGAUUCGUGAGAAACACCCACCACUGAAACAUCCGGGUCAGGUGUGGAUAUUUCACAACCACGAAUCUCCGUUAGAUGGGUGGUCAUCGCUCCCAACCUUCAGACUGCCGCAGUGGAAAGGAAAGUUUAACUGGACGAUGGACUACAGGAACGAAGCAGACAUUCUUUCACCUUACGGAAUUUUGAAAAAACUACCUCAACCGAGAAAGCGAAACUACAGCGAUAUUGUCUCGAAGAAGAAGGGUCUAGUCUCCUGGAUGGUAAGCAACUGUAACACCGAAGGAAAGAGAGAGCUGUAUGUUAAGAAAAUGAAGAAAUACUUCCCGGUGACAGUGCUAGGUGGAUGUGGCGGGAAACGAUGCGGCAGACUCCACGACGACGAGUGUUUGUCGGAAAUCAACAAACACAAGUUUUACCUGGCGUUCGAAAACGGUUUCUGUCCGGACUACAUAACGGAGAAAUUCUAUCUGUUUUAUUCCGUUGAUGUGGUUCCUGUUGUUCGAGGAGGUGGGAACUAUUCUAGAGAUCUUCCUGAAGGAACGUACGUCAACACGGCCGAUUUCAAAUCAGUUGCCGACCUGACCAAGUAUCUCAAUUAUCUGGACAAAAACGACGAUAAAUAUAUCGAGUAUCUCAGACGUAAAGAUCAAUAUGAGUCUAUAUACGAAGCUUAUAAGAUGAGCAAUAAGAAAGGGAAUCUAUUUUAUGUACACUAUCACUAUGAACAUACGCCAUUCUGUGAUGUGUGCAGAAGACUGUGGAACACUGACAAUUACACAAAAACGUACAGUGAUAUAGGGGCGUGGUUUGAUAGUGGUCGGUGUUAUAAGCCCACUGAUAUACACCAACUCUAACAACGUAGACAUAUAGUAGUUUUAAUA